UCAGGGGUGGUCUGAAAGAACUAGACCUUGAUUCAGUUCAAGCAGAGAUUGGGGGGAAAACAAGCUACCCAAGCAGGGGUUUCUAUUCAAAGCCAGCUGGUCUGGCUUUUAUUUAAAGCAGGCAAUAUUUUUUGAAGCUACUUUUAAUUUGUAGAUUUCCGUUUACCUUUGUUUUUGUACUGUCUUCUUUUCUUUUUCCUUUUUUAUAACUAUUUGAUUAAGCUGGGCCUCAGCUGGUGCUGCAGGGUGUAACUUCCUGGGGAAGGAAAAAAAAAGGCACUGGUGCCAGCGAACGACAACCUGAAGCAUCGUGAACACUGAGAGGAGCUCUCCCAUGAACUGCUGGCAGACUGCGUAGAGAGCAAAGACACGUACGAAAGAGGAAGGGGAAAUGUGCACCGUCUCCUGCUAAGUUGCGCUCCUGGAUUCUAAGUGCGCCUCAGCGAACUCAUCCGGCAGCGGCUUCGAGCUUUCCUGUCAAACGGCCGGGCCAAAACAGCUGGCGGACCGCUUUUUUUAAGUUUCUUUUUUUUCCCCACUACUAUCUUCAGCUGGAGAAGAUUUCAGGCUAAAGGAAAGGGUAGGAUUUGAUGUCGUGGAUGAUGGAGCAGUCUGCAAAACAGUGUCAAUAUGAGGGGCUGGAAAGGCGAAGUGAGAAGACAGAUACGCAUGAAAAAUGAGGUACAGAUGCUGGAAUCUUUGAGCUGAUUGGAGCAAAUACAAAGCAGAAGAGAGACAACUAAAAGGAAGUGAAAAGUGAAAGGAAAGAAGAGACAAGAGGAAGAAAGAAGAGAGAGAAGAAAGUUCUUUAGAAAGCAGAGAGAAAGAAAAAGACGGGGACGAUGGGGAGGAAAAAGAUUCAGAUCACACGGAUUAUGGAUGAACGCAACAGACAGGUGACAUUUACGAAGCGAAAGUUUGGCCUGAUGAAGAAGGCGUAUGAGCUGAGUGUGCUGUGUGACUGUGAGAUUGCCCUGAUCAUCUUCAACAGCACCAACAAGCUGUUCCAGUACGCCAGCACAGACAUGGACAAGGUCCUGCUUAAAUACACCGAGUACAACGAGCCCCAUGAGAGCAGAACCAACUCUGAUAUUGUGGAGACAUUGAGAAAGAAGGGCCUAAACGGCUGUGACAGCCCAGAUCCCGAUGCAGAUGACUCGGUUGGCCACAGCCCCGAGUCCGAGGACAAGUACAGGAAAAUAAACGAGGACAUUGAUCUAAUGAUCAGCAGACAGAGACUGUGUCAGGCUGUGCCCCAAUCCAACUAUGACAUGCCCGUUUCCAUUCCCGUUAGCAACCAGAACAAUCUAAUCUACAGUCACCCCGGUGGUACCCUAGGCAACCACAAUCUGUUGCCGCUGACACACCAUGGUCUACAGAGAAACAGCAUGUCUCCUGGAGUGACACACAGACCUCCCAGUGCAGGUAACACAGGUGGCCUCAUGGGCGCUGACCUCACCACUGGCGCAGGCACCAGUGCUGGAAAUGGAUAUGGAAAUCAUCGCAACUCACCUGGGCUGCUGGUUUCUCCUGGUGGAAUAAAUAAGAACAUGCAGACAAAGUCCCCCCCUCCAAUGAACCUAGGCAUGAACAACCGUAAACCUGACCUCCGUGUUUUAAUCCCACCCGGCGGCAAGAAUAACAUGCCCUCCAUCUCCGAGGAUGUUGAUCUGCUAUUGAACCAGAGAAUAAACAACUCACAGUCUGCUCAGUCAUUGGCCACCCCUGUGGUAUCCGUAGCAACCCCCACUCUGCCUGGACAAGGGAUGGGUGGAUACCCCUCUGCCAUCUCUACUUCUUAUGGUACCGAGUAUUCUCUGAACAGUGCAGACCUGUCCUCACUGUCUGGCUUCAACAGUGGCAGCUCCCUGCACCUCGGGUCAGUGAGCGGAUGGCAACAGCAACACCUUCAGAACAUGCAGCAUUCAGCCCUUGGUCAGCUAGGAAAUUGCUCUAGCUCACACUUAUGUCAGGGUUCAAAUCUCUCCCUGCCCUCUGCUCAAAGCCUGCACAUCAAGUCCGAACCUGUUUCUCCUCCUAGAGAUCGCACCAGCAGCACACCAGGGGGCUACGGUGGUGGGGUGCCACCUCCCCAGAACCCCUCGUCCCGUCAGGACUCGGGACGAUCCCCCGUUGAUAGCCUGAGCAGUUGUAGCAGCUCCCAUGAAGGCAGCGACCGUGACGAGCACAGGAACGAGUUCCACUCACCUCUUGGAUUGGCCCGGUCUGCCAUGGAUGAGCGCGAGAGCCCCUCCAUCAAACGGGUGCGCCUCUCAGAAGGAUGGGCCACAUGAUAACUCUGUCUUGUCCCCCCCGCAUUGGCCCGAGGUGCCCAGAGUCCUCGACAAUGCCGCACUAAGGUGCCCCCAAGUAAACUUCCUCUUCCCCCUCCUCUCACGUAAUAUCAAAAGUCCUUCAUCCCCAGCCCCAUGGCCUCCCCACCUUUUAUCUCUUUAAAACCGAAGGAAGGAAAAAGGGAUGACCCUUUUCAAAAUUAUGUUGCUAAAUUAUUUUCUUUUUUUAAUUUUAAUUUCCUUUACUCUUUUUGCUGUGUGUGCGUGCUAUACAUAUUGACAUUAUAUAAAGCAGUGGGGUGGGGUUUUGGAGGGGUGGCUGAUGGUUUUGAUGGGAUCUGGGAGGGAUAUUUUCUCAAUGUGGUGGUGGGGAGGGACUAUGCAUAAAUUCUGUUGUAUGUGGAUGAAAAGAAUCACAUAUGCAUAUAUCUUUACACGUGUGUACAUAUAUGCAUAUCAGCCAAUAAAAAAAAAAAAUCGUCAGGUACUUUGUCUUAUAAAUGUACUUACAGUUUGACCCAGCGAUAUAUCAGUGGCACACAAAACUAAACAAAAAAAACAACAAAAAAAAAGUGUCCACGGGGAAACAUCUUAGCACUUGAGUGGGACAGACAGUACAGGUGUACAGUAUCGGUUUUCAUUGCUAUAUACCUUCUCUGCAGUUUUCCCUUGCAAAAAUGUGUGUUAACAUUAGAUGAUGUCAUGUUGCAGGUUCAACGUAUUUAUGUAAAUAGCGGGUCGGGAGGGUGGGAUAUCAGUCGUUGCCAGACAUUGCAAGAUUUAAUCAACUCUCUAAAUGAAAAGCUAAUAUGCAACAUUUGAAGGAUUGUACAGGUCAACCUGAGGCUGCAGGGAUGCGGCACCUUCGAUGAUUUUAGCGCUCUGCUUAAGUAACCGAGCGAGGAUCACCUUUUUGAAUCGAGAGCAUAACCGAGAAAAAAACUCUGGAUCUAGUAUUAACUACUCAGUAUUGAUAAACAAAAAAAAAUAAAAAAUAAAAAAAACAACUAAAAAGAAAAAGCUGAAAAAUUAGAAAAAAAAUGUACAAUACACUUGCUUAUAUUUUCAUAUGAAAGGAAUACAAUGCAAAGCAUUUUUGUGGCUUUUUGUAGUUUCUAUAAGCCAGAAUGUGUUUUUUCAUAGCUUUGCUAAUAAAAGAUGGAUAGUUCACCCCGUGGGGAAAUGAUAGGGCUUCAAAGCCCAAGCCAUGAAAAACAGACUGAGAUCCAAUGCUUUGCUGAACUGUUUUAUCUUUGUAGAGGUUUGUUUUUAAACGUGUAUUUCUAAUUAUAUAUAAUAAUGGUAAUAUUAAGAAUCUUUAAAAAAAAAAUCUGUGAAAUUAACAUGCUUGUGUAUAGCUUUCUAAUAUAUAAAUAUAUAUAAUAAUAAUUUUUGUUGGUUUCUUAGUGGAGUUUCUGUGUGCAGUUGCACAUGUUGUCUGGUUUGUUUCAUUUGAACUCUGACAGUGUUGUUCAGGGGUGCAUUUAGACUAACUUUUGAAACCAGCUGGGAAGCAUUUGCUGGGGUUUGUGUGACGCAGAGGGACAGAUCCAGAUGAAGAUCAUCCCGCAUGUGGAAAAUGUCACGAAGCUGGAACUGGGGAUGACUCAGAAAUGAAUAAAUGGCUCAACAUGCACGGCUGUCAAAUUUAUGAGGAAAUAUGAUGAACCCUCUAAAGUCGGUGGACGUUUGUGCAUUCAUCUUGAGUCUAAAUGAUCAAAUUUAGUCCAAUUUAUGUCACAACAAAAUAUUUUUUUACAUUUAUUUUGUUGUCAAAUCGCGCUCAAGAUUCUGCACAAGCAGCUGUACUGUCAUCUACUUUUAAAUCACUUUUUAAGAAAUGUUGCUAAUCCAUUGUGACAAAUUACAACUCAUUUGCAGGCCUAAUUGGAUUUUGUGCCAUGCACUGACUUCUCAUGUUCCAGUCUUUGAAACAGGGUUCCACAUCACGUCACCGACAGUUCAGCUAAAGAUACAGGAGGACAAACUGAUCGUGCUGGUUAGGGAGAAGCACAAUUGCAUAUUUUAGAAGAAUCCUUGUUUUUAUUUUUGGGAUUUUUAACAAUGAAACUAGCCACAUAUCUCUCUGCCUCCCAUUCGCGUAUCUGCUGUCACUUAAGUGUUAUAAUAUUUCAAUGUGCAUAUUUCAUGCAGGUUCACAAUGUUGUUACUGUAUACAGUCUGUGUAGUCAAACGGGGCAGAGCCUCUGUAAUGGUGUUCUCUCUUUUAUUUUUUAAACUUCAGUACAAAAAGGUUGAGGAAAAAAAAGAAAUAAACAUGUUUCAGGCAGUAAGUGGAGAAACCAAAGCCAGUGGCAUUUCUGUGUUGUAAAAUCAGCUUUUAUUUUCACAUUCAUUUGUUGUUUUUUUCUUUGUUUUUUUUUUUUUUGUUUUUUUUUUUUUUUGCAAGCAUUGAAACAAGAUAAUAAAAGCAUUUUCUCAAAUGUACAACUGUUUUCACAUUUCAAUUACGGUCAGCCUGAAGUAGCUUUACCUUUCAAGCUACAUCAUCCGUAACGAGCCUGAUCUGUCGCUCAUUCAUCUCCCUGUGCAUCGACUUUUGAAACAUUUCAUGCACAAACUGAUUUUCUUUCAAAAAUUGGCUUUUCAUUCUUGGUCAAAUUUCUUCCAGGCCUUUAUCAAAUCACUGAAUGAAUCCCAUUUCCUGGAACAUUUGCUAACAAAUAAUGAUUUUAAACCAAAGACGUGGACAGAAAUAGUCUUUCUUUCAUUUUUUUUUUCCCUGUCUAAAUUUAAAGCCAUUGAUUUUCCUUGUGUGGUGUUCUUGUUCAUACUUAAACAGACUAUAAUGUUAGUACCUCAAAAAUGGACCCAAGCAGUACCUCAGUGGAUUUUUGAUAAGUCACUUGCAGUGCAAAGGGGAGACCAUACACCUGUACAGCCAUGUAAAAAUAAAACAUACAAUUGCUUGACUUGGACAGUCACGCGGGACAUUCUCUGUUGCUCACUGUGUUUGUGGUUUAUUUAAGUUGUGCUCAAAACAUAAAAAAAGUGAUAUGUUAAAUAUUUCAAAAGCUGGUUGGUAGUUUUAAUGUAGCUUGUAUUACCCUUAAAUUUAAAGAAAAAAAAAAGGUUGGGAACCAAUGUUUUUUCUGGAAGACAAGAGCGGCUUUCAGCGGCAUAAGCUGGCCUUUGUCGCCACUUGAGACGAAGAUGAUUUGAAUGAAAUCACAUCUCUGUAACUCAAGGGACUUGAUUCUGUGUGUCGAAAAAAUGUUUGGAGAUGAAGCAAAAGUCUCCUUUGCUGAAGGGAAAAAGGCUAUUUGUAUUUUGAAGAGAUUUCAGUAAAGUUACUGGCUUUCUUAGUUA